UCCGCUGUCAGCGAAGCUUAAAUGUCCAAGAUGGCGGCCCCCUCAAACAGCAUGAGCAGCAGUGGACCUGAGCAGAAAGCUCGCCUAGCGUGCAAUACAACAAGUUUCCAAAAGAAAUCCCGCAGCAAUUUUAUCUCAAUCCCAGGAACCAGACCAUCCGUUCAGAACGGACAGCUUAUUGUUUCUACAGGGGUUACGUCUCUUGAUUAUGUGAUCGGGGGUGGCUUAGCUGUUGGAACGCUGCUCCUUAUUGAGGAAGACAAGUAUGACAGCUACUCUCGCAUGCUGGUGAAGUACUUCCUGGCUGAGGGCGUGGUCUGUGGACACAGCCUCUUCAUUGGGUCAGCGAGAGACCACCCUGAUGAGAUCCUGCAGGAGCUCCCGGCACCAAUACUGGACGACAUCGCCAGCCCGAGAAGCGAGGAGGGUCAGGGGACAUGUGACCCCGAGGCCCCGGACUCCAUGAAAAUAGCCUGGCGCUACCAGAACCUUCCGAAAGUGCAGACCGCUCUGGCCUCCUCCUCGCGGUUCGGCCACUACUACGACGUCUCCAAGACGAUGGACCCCGAGAUGCGGCAGACGGCCAAGUGCACCGGCUUCUUCCUUCCCCAGGAAGUCGCCCUUGGUUCCGCUGCAGAGCCAAGCCAGAUGAUCGAGGGGUACCGCGCCCUGCUCCGGUCCAUCCAGGGGGCGAUCCGCAGCCAGGGCUUCGACGGAUCCACCCCCCAGAAGUCCCGGAACGUCCUGCGGAUCGGGCUGCGGUCCCUGGGCUCCGCCCUGUGGGGGGACGACGUCUGCUGCUCGGAGAGCCCCGCCCACGCCGCCGCCCUCGCCACCUUCCUGUACGGCCUCCGCGCCCUGCUCCGCUGCUCGCUCUCCGUCGCCAUGGUGACCGUGCCCGCGCACCUCGUGCAGAACAGGGCGAUUAUGGACCGCGUGACCAGGCUGUGCGACACCGCCGUCGCGCUUGAAUCAUUCAGGGGCCUGGAGAGGGAGGCCAACCCGCUCUACAAGGACUACCACGGCCUUCUUCACGUGAAACAGACGCCCCACCUGAACUGCCUGGUGUGCGAAGUCCCCGACCAAAAGGACCUGGCCUUCAAGCUGAAGAGGAAGCAGUUCACCAUCGAGAGACUACACUUGCCUCCAGACUUGUCAGACACAGUGAGCCGUUCGAGCAAACCGGACCUGGCAGAGUCGGCCAAGCUGCUGAGCUCGGGCUGCGGCACCGGGGCCACCGGCAAGAAGCACCUGGACUUCUAGAGCCCCCCCCCCCCCCGCCCACUUUAACCGUUUCCCUUCCGUCCCCGUGACGUCCCAAUUAGCCCACCCCCCCCCGCACCGAGGCCCCACAUGAACCCUUACGUCACCCCGACGUUCAGCCCAACACUCUUAGCCAGUGUGAGGCCGUGUGAAACGCAGUCAGACCAGACUCACUUUCAAUAUCAAUAAGGACUGAAAAAUCCCUGAAACAGGGAAAGAGGCGGGGCUUAAAAAGUGAGGCGUGAGCUUCUUCUUAAAGAGCAAGCGAGCUUUGCCUUCGCAAAGAAUAUGCUUGCUAUCCUCCAGCUUUACAAAUCUCGAUUUUUUUGUACAAUGGAUAAAACGAAAAGCUUAUCAAAGGAAUAAGUUUUAAUAUUACUUAGUGAACUCAGGAGCACUGUCGUACUUUGUUUCUUGAUUUUGUAAAUAAAGCAGUUAAUUAAUGUA